AUGGUGGUAGUCUUGGACGAAGAUGUUCAAGUAGAUGCUUAUCCUCUGCGGAGGACGAGUGCGAGACUAAAGCGACAAGGGCCCACCAAGAGCUCGAUUGCCGCCUUGAAUUACUGCCAGAAAAGGAAAGCAAAUUCACCGGCGGGGAACAAAAUGGUUGGCUCCGAGAAGAAAGCGAGGAUUCAGAAGCUUCAUCAGCCGGAACCACCUGAGCUGCGCGUUAAUGGAUGUGACGGUGUUGACGCUGUUCCAGCUGCGGAUGGGAAGAGUGUCCGCGCCAUCGUCACCGACACUCUCCGUGCUUUCAACAAGCAUUUUCUCCAUUUUAUUCAGGAAGAAGAGAAACGUUGUGCCCUAAGAGCUGACAAGAAGAAGAUUAAGAAGAAGGGUUCAAAAUCAAAGAAAGGGGAUACAUCUGAAGCCUGUACUAAACGGUUGGCCAAGCGACCUGAUUUGAAAGCUAUCACAGAGAUGAUGCAGACAGGGGCUAAUUUAUAUCCUGACAAGAGAUUUGGCUCCAUUCCAGGUAUUGAUGUUGGUCACCAAUUUUUCUCUCGGGCUGAGAUGGUCGUUGUCGGAUUUCACCAACAUUGGCUUAAUGGAAUUGAUUAUAUUGGGAAAACUGCUGCUUCUGCGAGAAAGUCAGGAAAAUCAUUGGAUAUACGGCAGUACAAGCUCCCACUUGCUAUAUCCAUUGUCUUGUCUGGACAGUACGAGGAUGAUUUGGACAAUUGUGAGGAAAUAGUAUACACUGGUCAAGGCGGAAACAAUUUAGUUGGAGAUAGGCAUCAAAUCAGUGACCAAAAGCUUCUACGAGGGAAUCUGGGGCUCAAGGCACGUACCUUCUAUUUACUUAAUCAUCUUUUAAACUGUAUGGAACAAUCUGUGCCAGUCAGGGUAGUUCGUGGACAUAAGUGCCGAAAUAGCUAUGUGGGCAAGGUCUAUACCUAUGAUGGCUUAUACAAGGUUAUCCAAUAUUGGGCUGAAAAGGGAGUCUCUGGUUUUACAGUUUAUAAGUUCCGACUAAAGCGGCUAGAGGGACAGCCACCUUUGACAACAAAGGAGGUAUGCUUUACUGGAGGUCGUAUUCCCAAGUCCUUGUCAGAAAUAAGAGGCUUGGUGUGUCAAGAUAUUACUGGGGGCCUAGAGGAUAUCCCAAUCCCUGUUACUAAUCUGGUUGAUGAUCCCCCAGUUUCACCAUUAGAUUUCAUCUACAUCAAGGACAUGCAAUACAGUAGAAAUAUAAGUGUUCCCCCAGUUGCUCCCGUGGGAUGCAAAUGCAAAGGCAGCUGCUUGGAUGCCAGACAGUGUUCUUGUGCAAAAUUUAACGGGGGUGAUUUUCCGUAUGUGCACCGUGAUGGUGGAAGACUGGUUGAACCAAAGGCAGUAGUGUUUGAGUGUGGACCGAAUUGUGGAUGUGGGCCUAUGUGUGUCAACCGGACCAGCCAGCAUCGGCCUAGGUUUCGAUUUGAGAUCUUUAGGACCCCAAGAAAAGGUUGGGGUGUCAGAUCAUGGGACUACAUUCCCUCUGGUGCUCCUAUAUGCGAAUACAUAGGCCUUCUUAAGCGCACCACAGAUUUGGACCCUGCGGUGGAUAACAGCUAUGUCUUUGACAUAGAUUGCAUCCAGACAAUGAAGGGUCUUGAUGGACGAGAGACUCGACUUGGUGAUGUGUCCUUGCCAUCACACCUGGAAAGGUUUGGUGAGGAGGCAUCUGAGAGCGUACCAUUUUGCAUUGAUGCUGGCAAAACUGGCAAUAUUGCUAGGUUCAUCAACCAUAGCUGUGAACCUAAUCUCUUUGUCCAGUGCAUGCUCUCAAAUCACCAUGAUUUGAAGCAAGCACGGGUCAUGCUGGUUGCUGCUGACAACAUACCGCCAUUGAAGGAGCUCACAUACGACUAUGGCUACGCCUUGGACAGCGUCAUGGGCCCUGAUGGCAAGAUACAGCGGUUACCAUGUUUUUGUGGUGCAGAUGGGUGCCGAAAGCGGCUGUUCUAG